CAAAUGUGCAAUACCACUAGCAUGUCUGUGUCCGCUGACGGUGCUGUCAGCACCUCCCAGAUUCCAGCUUCGGAGCAAGAGACCCUGGUUAGACCGAAGCCAUUACUUUUGAAGUUGUUAAAAUCUGUUGGUGCACAAAAGGAUACUUACACUAUGAAAGAGGUUAUAUUUUAUCUUGGUCAAUAUAUUAUGGCUAAACGAUUAUAUGAUGAGAAACAACAGCAUAUUGUGUAUUGUUCAAAUGAUCUUCUGGGGGAUUUCUUUGGAGUGCCAAGCUUCUCUGUGAAAGAACACAGGAAAAUAUAUGCAAUGAUCUACAGAAAUUUGGUGGUAGUGAAUCCACAGGAAUCUGGCUCAUCUUUAAGUGAAGAUCAGAGUGAUCAGAAGGACCUUGUACAAGAGUCCGAAGAGCAGCCUUCAUCUUCUGACUUGGUCAGACCAUCUACCUCAUCUAGAAGGAGAGCAGCAGUGAGUGAGACAGAAGAAAGUUCAGAUGAAUUAUCUGGUGACCGACAAAGAAAACGCCACAAAUCUGAUGAAAGCCUUGCUCUGUGUGUAAUAAGAGAGAUAUGUUGUGAAAGAAGCAGUAGCAAUGAAUCGACAGGAACUCCAUCGAAUCCGGAUCUUGAUACUGGUGUAAGUGAACAUUCAGGUGAUUUGUUGGAUCAGGAUUCAGUUUCAGAUCAAUUCAGUGUAGAAUUUGAAGUUGAAUCUCUAGAUUCAGAAGAUUAUAGUCUCAGUGAAGACGGACAAGAACUCUCAGAUGAAGAUGAUGAGGAAUAUCAUGUUACUGUGUACCAGACAGGAGAAAGUGAUACAGAUUCCUUUGAAGAAGAUUCUGAAAUUUUCUUAGCUGACUACUGGAAAUGUACUUCAUGCAAUAAAAUGAAUCCUCCCCUUCCAUCACAUUGCAACCGAUGUUGGGCUCUUCGAGAGAAUUGGCUUCCUGAAGACAAAGGGAAAGGUCAAGAGAAAAUGCCCGAGAAGGCCCAACUAGAGAACUCAACACAAGUAGAAGAGGGCUUUGAUGUUCCUGAUUGUAAAAAAAUGAAGGUGAAUGAUUAUAAAGAUUCCUCACGUGAUGAGGAAAAUGAUGAUAAAAUUGCACAAGCCUCUCAGACACAAGAAAGUGAGGACUAUUCUCAGCCAUUAACUUCUAAUAGCAUUGUUUAUAGUAGCCAAGAUGUCCCAGAGCUUGAGAAGGAGGAAACACAAGACAAAGACGAAAGCGUGGAGUCUAGUUUUCCCCUUAAUGCCACUGAACCGUGUGUGAUCUGUCAGGGUCGACCUAAAAAUGGUUGCAUUGUCCAUGGCAAAACAGGACAUCUUAUGGCAUGUUUUACAUAUGCAAAGAAGCUAAAGAAAAGGAAUAAGCCGUGCCCAGUAUGUCGACAACCAAUUCAAAUGAUUGUGCUAACUUAUUUUUCUUGACCUUUCCAUAAAAGUAGAGUGAAAUAUUUCUAACUAUAUAUAAAACCCUAAAAAUUUAGACAUGAAAGUAUUUUUUGCAUAUAUUUAAGAGAAUAUCUUAGUCUGUAUAGAUACUCAUUGAGUUAUUUACCUAUUUUAGAAGGUUAAUAAUUAAUAUUUACUUUUUAUGAAAAUAUUACCUCUUUAUACCUUAAAUUUGGGUUUUAAUGUAAUUUGAAUUGCAUAUGUAGCUAAUCACACCUACUUUUUUAUAUUGUUAGUAAUUCCCACUUUCUCUGAAAAGUAUUUGUCCUUUCUAAAAAUGAGAACAUCUACUUGUAGCUUAUUUAAUAUCUAAGGAGAAGUUUGAAAGAUUUUUUUGUUUUGUUUUUGGCCACACCCAAUGACAUUCAGGGGUUACUCCUGGCUAUGUGCUCAGAAAUUGCUCCUGGCUUGGGGGACCGCUCUGGCCCCUGAAGCUUGAAAGAUUUAAUAGUUAAAUAUUAGAUACUUUUAAACUUUUGG